AUGGGCUCUGAACUGGAGACGGCCAUGGAGACGCUCAUCAAUGUGUUCCAUGCCCACUCGGGCAAAGAGGGCGACAAGUACAAGCUGAGCAAGAAGGAGCUGAAGGAGCUGCUGCAGACUGAGCUCUCCGGCUUCCUGGACGCCCAGAAGGAUGCAGAUGCUGUGGACAAGGUGAUGAAGGAGCUAGAUGAGAAUGGAGAUGGAGAGGUGGACUUCCAGGAGUAUGUGGUACUGGUGGCUGCCCUCACAGUGGCGUGCAACAACUUCUUCUGGGAGAACAGUUGA